AUAGACUACUCUUGCAUCUGGUGGGAAGAACGUCGUGUAUUUUAUUUGAAUAAAUCAUGUCUCAAGAACAGCAAUCGUCAAAUUGGUCAAAUGAACUGGGUUACUCAGAAGAAGAAUUUCCGGCCAGUAUCAAAGAAUUGAUGACAUCAUGCGGUUUUGGAACACUUGAGGAGCUAUGCCACAUUAAUGAUGACUUGAUAAGAGACGUUGAAAAUUUUCUCAGCACAAACUUUACAUCUACAUUAUCGCGAGAAUAUCUCGAAAAAUACCGGAUUUGUACGUUCAACGGUUCAUUCAUUUUUUAUCCGGCUCAUCGGCACAAGCUUUUAACGAUUCCAAUACGAUAUCGACAAAUGAAAAUGGAAAAAACAGGAAAUACAUCGCCAGCACCGCAAAAGAAGAGGAAUGACACUCGAGCUCAGCCAAAGGAAAUUAACUCAAAAAAGAAGUUAGUGACGCAAAUAAAAAACUACAUAAGAGGCUUGAAAUUGCCAGACGAAAGCACAACAGUUGCAAGUGUGACUGAUUUUCAACCGUCAAAUGGCGAAUAUAUAUACGAGUGCCGUUUCAAAUGUCCGUUUUGUGAAGAGGUCGUACCGGCUAAAUGUACAACGAGUUGGAUGACACAGGCACUCAAAAAACACUUGGAAACUCAUGAUAAAGAGAAAGUGAUAAAAUCUGGAAACAGUUCCAAUAUUAAACCGAAGCGUCAUGGUACAAUCCAAAGCAAGUUGAUUAGGAGUAAGUUGACUAAGAAAUUGGCAACAACUAUAAAAACCAUUGAUGUAAGCAUAAUAGAAUCGAACGUAACUAAUUACAAAUCGUCUAAACAGCGCGACUAUUUAUACGAGUGCCGUUUCAAAUGUCCGUUUUGUGAAGAUAUUUCGUCAAUUAAAUGCGAAACAAACUGGAUUACAACCGAAAUCAACAAACAUUUGAAAUUGCAUGUUGAUGGACAGCAAAGAUCAACAACAAAAAUGCUGGAAACCAUUAACAAACAGUCAAGAGUGAUAUCAACCAAUUCAAAACUAAUGCCAGGAACCAGCGCAGAGUGUAGCACCAAAAACUUAUCGUUUCCGAACAAUAUAUAUUAUCCUCCAGAGGAACAUCAUCAUCCAAAACAGUUAACCGUUUUUGCCCACAAUGUCAACGGGUUGCGUACCAAACUUAAUGAUGUUUUCUUAAUAGCUUCUUCAUGCAAUGAAUAUGACAUUUAUAUAUUCACGGAAACUGGUUUAGAUCGCAACAUUUCAGAUGACAAAAUAUUCCCAAGACAAUCAUUUCACGUGUAUCGCUGUGAUCGAUCCGCCGAAGCGAGUUCGAAGGAAUCAGGAGGGGGUGUUCUAAUUGCUGUCAACAAAAUGUUUAAAUCAAAUUUAUUGCUGAGAGGUGACAAUCACGGUUGCGAGCAAUUAUAUGUCGAAGUAGAGACUAGCAACAAGAAAUUGUUGUUAGGCGCACUUUACAUACCUCCAAACACGGGAACAUAUGAGCUUCAUACGACGAUAGUGAAACAAAUUAGUCAACGUUCCGGUGAUGGCACAACAUUUAUUUUAUAUGGGGAUUUCAAUCUGCCUCAUUUGACUUGGACUCAAUCUUCUCCGAAUUCAUAUUUUCCCACCAAAUAUACAAAUAGAGCUGGAACAAUAACAACGGAAAUUUGUAGUGAUUUGGGCCUUAAGCAAAUCAACUGCUGUUUAAACAAUCAUAAUCGCAUUCGAGACUUGUUGUGGACCAAUAAACCAGAAGAAUGUAUAUGCUACGUUUGUAAUUACGAUUUUCUUACAAAUGAAUCACACCAUAAAGCACUUCGAAUUGAAAUUGGACUGAAUUGUAAUUCGUGUGAAAACAUGAACAUGGAACAAGGAGAACAUGUAGAGUGUAAACCAAACCUAACGCAUCUACAAUCAUUUAACGAAAUAUUCACUAAUUUUUGAUUUGAUAAAUAUUGUUAGCAAUAAUGGCGCAACGAGUAAAAAUUAUUGAAUUUUUUAUUACAAAAUGCUAAGGAGCAUACCAAAAAUUUUUAUUUUGAAUUGUAGGGAAAAUCGUUGUUUUAAGUUAGUUUUAAUUACAGUAAAUUAUAGUAAAUAAAAGG